GCUGUACCACACUGGGCGGAUUCCCCGGGUCGCUGGCGGGCUGUGGCACGCUGUGGCGUCAUUACAACACUGCUCCGAAACCUGCAUUACAUUUCCACCACCCAUCCACUUGCUCAGCGCUCAAGCUCAGGCUUUUGCUACCAUGUCUUCUAGAGAGCCUAUGUGGUAUUGUCACGAAUGUCAUGCUGAGAUGAGACCACUCAUGCAACCGGAUCCAAUUUGUGCAUCAUGUCAGGGCACGUUCGUCGAGAAGAUAGAGGAUCCGAGCGAUGAUCCUCGGGCAUACCAGCAACACACUCCGAGAGGAGGCUUCGAUGACGAAAUUCCUCCGAAUUUAGGUGGCUUGCUAGCUGCAUUGACGGGAAAUCCUCGACCUCGCUCACCUACCUUCCCUCGUAGCCCCGAGGUAGUACCACCGGCUGGUAUUCGUUUUGAGCUUCAUAGUACUGGACCUAGUCAGGGUGCCACAAGGACCGUGUUUCUUGGUCCCAACGCCCUUAAUCGUCCGCGCUCUCCGGAGCAGCGCGAUGGUGAAAUUCCCAACAUGUCCGAGUUCCUGCGUCGUGAUAAUCAAAAUGGUCAACGACCCGGAGACAUCACUGGCCCAAUGAUGGCACAAUAUUUAUUGGCUUUACUGGGACAGGGACCCACCGGUAGAGGCGCAGACCCUUUUGCUGAAAUGUUCUCCCUUGGUCCUGAAGGAGGACCGGGUGGACGCUGGGGUGACUAUGUUUUCAAUCAAGAGGCAUUGGACCAAGUAAUAACGCAGAUAAUGGAAAACUCCGCAUCACGGCCUAUUCCAGCAACAGACGACAUCAUUAACAAUCUCCCACGAGAAGUUCUUAUGGAACGAUCUCCACUACUGGAUAAAGAUUGCGCCGUAUGUAAAGAACAGUUCCAACUGGGAACCGAAGACCCGGAAGAGCAAGUUAUUGUAACUCUUCCAUGCAAGCACCCAUUUCACCAGCCUUGUAUAUUGCCAUGGUUAAAAUCUAGCGGAACGUGUCCUGUUUGCCGGUAUGCUCUUAUAGAACAAGCACAACGGCCGCGCUCACCAGGUAGCCCCCCGGGACCAGGAAACGGACCCAGUAGCCGCCCAACAAGCCCACCAGCUCCACUGCGUCCACGAUCACCUGGGAACUCAGGCCGCAGUGGUGGAGGAUUGUUCCAUUCAUUUUUUGGAAGCAUGGGUGGCUCGAGAGCGGGUGGUAGUUCGGGUAGGAAUUCAGGUUCAAGAGGAAAUUCAGGUUCAAGAGGAGCACGUCGCGCGGGCAUGUCCAACGAGUCUCAGGGCAGUACGCCGCCUUUCCCCGGGCGCUGGGACGAAGAGACAGACUAAUCGAGCGUUGACUUCGUUUCUUAGACCACCUGCGGAGCAACUUGCGGGCGGUCUGUUGUAGAUAUGCAUAUCUUUUCUGAUGCGUUCUGAGUCUUCUGACCUCACUUUCCUUCUUGCAAGCUGUAAAGAUACAUAAUGUUAUAUGAACUUUCCGAGGUGCGGAGUCCUUGAAUGUUCCCCUCGCGCCGCGGCCAGUAACGUCGGCAACUCAAAUGAUUUUGUGGGGAAACCCUUGACAAGUUCUUUCACUCUACUAUGGACAGAAAUAAGAUACAAGCUCCCC